UCCCUCCACGCUUUUAUUCUGAAGGCAGAACACCUGCGUGGAGUUUCACGCUGUCGUCGUCCCGUGUGUUUGCGUUUCUGAGGAAGUGACAUCAUGAGGAGGAGGAGUUUGUCAUUGCAGCCGUAGACAAUAACAGUACGCGGUGUAUAAUGCGACCACGUGAACGGCGCCCUGAGCAGCUCCGUCACCUCUCAGGGACCUCAUGGGCUUCCCGGUGGUGGAGGUCUCCUCCGACGGCUCCUUCGUCCUCUCCAAGCCGCCCGGCACCGGCGGCCUGGUCUCCUUCGGCACGGCGGCCGAGCAGCUGGUGUACGAGAUCGGAGACCCGCGGCGCUACCUGCUGCCCGACGUCACCCUGUGACUUCAGCCAGGUGCUCAUCCCGGAAGUAGCAGGCGUUGACGGAGGUGCUGUCACAGUGACGGGGGCUAAAGGUUCCCCUCCAUCACAUGACUACAAGGUAAACAGCGUUUCAUUUUUUCAUGUGUUGGAAACGUUCUGCAUCGCACACACACACACACGUGUAGCGUGUUUGAAACAGGUCUGCGCCACCUACAUGGACGGCUACAGGGCGACGGCGGUUUGUCCCGUCGGCGGCCCGAGAGCGGCGGAGAAGGCCAGAAGAACCGCCGAGAGCAUCAUCAAGCGCACCAAGCGGAUGCUGGAGCAGUUGAAGAUGGAAGACUUCUCCUCCGUCAACAUCCAGAUCCUCGGCGCCGAGGACACGUACGGAGCCGACGCCCGCUGCCAGCAGAGCUCCAGAGAGGCGGUGAUCUGGAUGGCCGCCCACCACAAGCAGAAGAAAGCUCUGGAGAUCUUUGCCAGAGAAAUCGCUCCUGCAGGAACAGGAAUGGCUCCCGGGCUGACCGGCAUCGUGGGCGGACGGCCCCGAGUGUCUCCGGUGCUGAAGCCCUUCUUCUUCUUACACCCCAAAGCUGAGCUGAAGGUGGACGUCCACGUCGGGGGGGAGCUGGUGGAGACUCUCAAGGAGGCGGGGCCUGACCCGCUUGAGCAGGAAGCCCCUCCCACCUCAGCACAGGAAGAACCCGACGCAGGACUUCCCAGCGGACCACACAGCUACCGACUGGAGGAUCUGGCCUACACCCGGAGCGGAGACAAAGGAGACUCCGCCAACAUCGGGGUGAUAGCGCGUCUACCUCUCUUCUUCCCCUACCCUGAAGAAGCACCUGAACUUCUUCCGUGGUGGAGGGACUACUUCUCCCACCUCAUCGAGCCGGGCGCGACAAACGCCGUCACACGAUACACUCUUCCCGGCAUCCACGGCCUCAACUUUGUCCUGCAGAGCUCGCUGGGAGGGGGAGGGGUGGCGUCUCUACGCAGCGACCCCCAGGGAAAAGCUUACGGUCAGAUGCUGCUGGACGUGAAGCUGCACGGACUCCCCGACCUCAAGUCCCUGGUGGACUGAGACACUCUGGACCACCACAAAAGAAGAGAGAGAGCAAAGAGAAACACGAAAGGACAUUUUAGCUCAACAGAACGAGGAGAAACCAGAUGAAACGCCAAACCACAGGCUCGGCCAACGUUAGCUAACGUUAGCUAACGCAUUUAAAUCAACCAGAGUAGAUGAUUAAGGAGCAACACGUUGAAAUAGAGGAACACGACUCGCACUAAACCUGGGCUCCGGCUUCAAGGGACCUGACCUCUGUGACCCCGGCGGUUUGGAGACAUCAGGCCUCAGGUUGGUGUGCACGCCCCCCCCCCACCUCCUUCACCUCGACGCGACCCGGCUCCGGUGUUCGCCGGGCUGCAGGAAUGUGCGUCUGCUUCCACCAGAGCACCGUCCCUCCGGCUUCCAGGCUGCUUUUCUGUAAUUGCAAACAGACCGAGAGUUUGUUCUCUACAGCUUCCGUCAACUCAGGACUCCCCCACCCCCCAAAUCCUCCUCCUCCUCGGAGAGAGAAGAGAUCUCCCCCUCUUUGGACGCAUUACUCUUUCCUGGCAACCGCUUUGGUACUUUCACUUCUCUGAUGCUUUGGGGAAUUAUACAUUUUUGUGUAUUUAAUCUUAUUUUUCAGCUGCUGCAUUCGUGAGCUCUGAGUGUUUUCACUCAAACACAGAGAAGAACCACAUGAGACCUUCUGCCAGGAAGAAAAAGCAAAACCACGAUCCUCCGAACAGACUUACGGAGAGAUUUACACGCAAUAAAAUCCUAAAAUAACCCACAACAACGAGAGUCCUUCCACAAACAAAUUGAGCACAGACGCGCGAGUAUCAAUCAACAAAUAUUCGCCUCAGAAGAAUCCACGGGCUCCUCUGGAGUUCAACGGACGCCGCCGAGGUGGUCCCAUCGUUUUUAGCGAGGUGUUGAAAUCCAGGCUGUAAAUUCCAGCUCAGUUUCCCGUUUUCAUAAAAAAGAAAGCUCCGAUUUCAUGUGGAAUCUCGCAUCCGCCUGCUAAUUAGUCACCGUGGAAUAAGUUCUAGCAGCUAAAUGUUCACACGUCGCGGCUGACGGGAAAGACGGUUUGGUGUUUGAUUUUAAACCUUAAGCGACAUGUUCUCUCUCUCAGUAUGAAGCUAAAUAGAAGGAACACUUGUAAUAUGAACUUCAGAAAUAAAUAUGUUUGAAAAAA